UUGCUUUGAAACCCAUUUGUGGGAAGUUAAUGGCACAGUAUGUUUCCACAGAGUGGUGAACUUCAACUCCUUAAAGAGCUCACACCAAUGAGUGACAAAAGCCUACGCGUUUUGUUUUGUAGAGACCUAGACUUACUCUGUAGACUUUGUUGAUAGUGUUUAAAGUUUGGCACUGCUAUUGAGUCAACAUCCCAUUGCAAUGAAUACCACACAACCUCUGUGCUACCCCUGUGAGGCCGCUAGGGUGCGCUAAGCACCAACUCGAUGGGUGACAUCUAUUCAGGAAGGAUGUCAUUGAGAACACCUUCUAAAAUAUGACAUCAUUGGAGUUUUCAUUAACACGUGUUAAUUGAACUUUUAUUGUUAGUAUAAAGAGUUGUUGACAACAUUUCAGUCAUCAAUGGACGUGUGGUUCUGUGAAAAAAGCCACUAAAAGGUUCUUCAUCUAAGCUGUAGGUCAUGACUGCGAGGCCUUGACUGGAAAAAAAAAGCUGGAGCCGAAUUAGCAGCAGCGUACGCUAAUAGUUUAAUGAUAUCUGACGCAGUCAAAGGGCUCAAUUAGUUUGAUGCUCAAGCAUCUUUGACACAAUGACUAGUGAAAGUAAAAGCGCAGUAGUUUGCAAAUAAGUCACGUCCACCCCUCCCUCUGUCCCUCUGUCCCUCUCUCCUUCCUCUCCCCCUCUCCUCUUCUUCUCUUCAUCUCUCUCCACCUCUGAUUGGUUUUCUGUAAAGAUAAUUGGUGGCAAAAUUUGAUAUGCCCAAUGUCAUGGACAGGAAUGAGGUUUCACCGGCGACUGCUGCCACCAUGAAAAAGAAGGCGGUAGGCGGAUGCAGCCACAUCAGCGCCCCUAAGGCUGCCGCGUCCAAAUGCACAAGAAGCACCAGCAGCCAGAACUGUCUGGACUCUGGUUCUUCCGGCGCACCGAGCGCUAAGCAGCCCGGUGCGGCCAGUAACGUCGUGAUGGACGAGACGGAGGACGGGGAAGAGGAGUCCAGGUUCCAGCAUCCGCGGUUGCGCCGAGCCGGGGGGAGCGGCAGCGGCGGAGGAGGAGGCGGCGGCGGCGGCGGCAGUAUCAGGAUGAAGAACUUUACGCCAGGAGGGGGAGCCGCGUCCUCGGGUUCCAGGAGAAACUCCAACAAGGAGCCGUGCCAUACGCACACAGAGGACGCUCCCGCCGCUCCACGGCCCACUACUGCCUCCAGAUCUGCCGAGACUCAGACACCCUGUCCGGGCGAUGCUGCCCGGCGCGGAGAGACCAGCCGAGCAUCUGGGGCGGAGGCGUCGGAAUCAGCGGUCGCGUUAGAGGUUUUAAACGCGACAGCAGGUGAUGGUUGCAACAGCGUCGUUACAAUUUCCAGUAUGAAAUGCAACAAAAACGGAGAAUGCAGGAGGGACUCGGGUACCGGGAGCCUGCGCUCAAUAAUCUCCAAGCAGGAGAAGCAGACAGGAGGGUCGGGGAGGGCCGAGGACGGGGGGAGCACGAAGCGGGGAGGCUGUAACUCGGCCACCGCCAGCAUGGACGGCUCCAUCACCCCAGGUGGGUCUUUGACCGGCGGACAGGGAGGCGACAGCGCUAACCCUGGCGCUACCCCCGUGUCCAGCGGCGUGCCCGAGAAAAAGGACUCCAAGGUGUCCUUCUCCAACGCACCGAGUCGGAAAGCCUCGUCCUCGCUGCAUGGCCCGGCUCAGACUCAGAACCAGCAGCCCAGGAACUCUGUCACUUUCCAGAAGCCAGAGGAGGAUGGACCGCCAAUCGUGCCCGCCGAGGACGCGGAGCCUCAGGGCAGCCAAGCCAGCUUCAUGCAGCGACAGUUUAGUAGUAUGCUGCAGCCUGGAGUUAACAAAUUCUCCUUACGCAUGUAUGGUAGUCAAAAAGCAGUAGAGAGAGAACAGGAGAGGGUAAAAUCAGCUGGAAAUUGGAUUAUCCACCCUUACAGUGAUUUCAGGUUCUACUGGGAUUUCACAAUGCUGCUGUUUAUGGUGGGCAACCUGAUCAUAAUCCCCGUGGGCAUCACCUUCUUCAAGGACGAGACCACAACGCCCUGGAUCAUCUUCAACGUGGUCUCUGACACCUUCUUCCUCAUGGACCUGGUGCUAAACUUUCGCACAGGAAUCAUCAUCGAGGACAACUCGGACAUCAUUUUGGACCCUGAAACAAUUAAAAAGAAGUACUUAAAAACUUGGUUCAUUGUGGACUUUGUCUCCUCCAUCCCAGUGGAUUACAUAUUCCUAAUAGUGGAGAAAGGCAUCGACUCGGAGGUGUACAAGACAGCUCGGGCGCUGAGGAUCGUCCGCUUUACCAAGAUCCUAAGUCUCCUGAGGCUGCUGAGGCUCUCCAGAUUAAUACGCUACAUUCACCAAUGGGAAGAGAUCUUCCAUAUGACCUAUGACCUGGCCAGUGCGGUGAUGCGGAUCUUUAACCUGAUUGGUAUGAUGCUGCUGUUGUGUCACUGGGACGGCUGCCUACAGUUCCUUGUUCCAAUGCUGCAGGACUUCCCCUCAGACUGCUGGGUGUCCCUCAACAAGAUGGAGAAUGAUACCUGGUCAGAGCUGUACUCCUUUGCUGUAUUCAAAGCCAUGAGUCACAUGCUGUGCAUCGGUUAUGGUCGACAGGCCCCGGAGAGUCUAUCAGAUAUCUGGCUCACCAUGCUCAGUAUGAUUGUAGGAGCUACAUGCUAUGCGGUUUUCAUUGGUCAUGCAACAGCUCUUAUACAAUCCCUGGACUCCUCCAGACGCCAGUAUCAGGAGAAGUACAAACAAGUGGAGCAGUAUAUGUCCUUCCACAAGCUACCUGCUGACUUCCGACAGAAGAUCCAUGACUAUUAUGAGCACAGAUACCAGGGCAAGAUGUUUGAUGAGGAGAGCAUUCUAGGAGAACUCAGCGAGCCUCUCAGAGAGGAAAUUGUUAACUUCAACUGUCGUAAGCUCGUCGCCUCCAUGCCGCUGUUCGCCAAUGCAGAGCCCAACUUUGUCACCGCCAUGUUGACCAAGCUGCGUUUUGAGGUUUUCCAGCCGCAUGAUUACAUCAUAAGAGAGGGAACCAUCGGGAAGAAAAUGUACUUCAUUCAGCAUGGGGUCUGCAGCGUCAUCACUAAGGGAACCCUUGCAAUGAAACUUUCUGAUGGCUCUUAUUUUGGAGAGAUCUGUUUAUUGACGAGAGGUCGGCGAACAGCCAGCGUGCGAGCAGAGACUUACUGUAGGCUCUACUCACUAUCUGUUGACAACUUCAACGAGGUGCUGGAAGAGUAUCCCAUGAUGAGACGAGCCUUCGAGACUGUUGCUAUUGACCGUCUGGACCGCAUUGGAAAAAAGAACUCCAUCCUGAUGCACAAGGUUCAGCAUGAUCUUAACUCUGGGGUGUUUAACAACCAGGAAAACGAGAUGAUCCAGGAGAUCGUCAAGUACGACCGUGAGAUGGUGAAGCUGGUGGACCUCCAGCGACCGCGGGCCAUGUCUAUGACCCCCUCCAUCGGUGGUAUCUUUGCUCCUCCCGGCCAGCCGCAGUCGGGCUCUGCUAUCGCUACUCUGCAGCAGGCAGUGGCGAUGAGCUUCUGUCCUCAGAUGGCGAGUCCUCUUGUGGGCCCAGGGACACUGCAGUCUCCUCGAAUGGUUCGAAGGUUCCAAGUGAUGCAGAACUUGGCCAGUCCUGUCUCCAUGUCUCCUCUUCAGUCUCACCCCCCUCAGGCAUUUGGGGGGGCGUUUGGAUCUGCGAUCUCCAGCCCACCCGUCCAAAGCCCACUCGCUGCUUCAGGACGGACUUUCCAGUACAUGGCGAGUGCAGGACCCUCUGGUUCCCAGUUGUCCCUUGUACAGCACCAUGCACCCAGCCCCACACAGACCCAGCAGAGGCCGGCCUCACACAAGAGCACCCACUCCCUUCAUACAGGCAGCCUGAGCCAGGAUACCCGGGUGCUGUCUGCAUCCCAGCUUUCACUCCCCCAGGAGGGAACACCACAAGCUGCCUCUGCAGCUCCCAGCCCUCCACCAUCCACCCGCACCUCUAACAACUCCAUUGGCCCCCCACAGCCGUCUCAUGCCAGCCUGCCGGGGCCGUCCGGGGUUGGGAGAUCGGCAGGAGCUCCGCAGAGGGUUGCCUUUGCCUCCACGCCCCCUCCCGGUGAACCCUCUAGGGUGGGGGCAGUAGCAGCAGCUGCUGGAUCAGGAACUCCAGACUCUGGAGUUCCCAAGAAAGAUUCAAUUGUCAGCCUUCCAGAGCUAGACUCUGCCAGAUCCCGGCUGUCUUCCAACUUGUGACCCUGGUAGAGUUCAGGAAAGAGGCCUUUUUUGUAGGAGAAUCUGUUUGUUUUAGGUCAGUCCAGCUGAUCUGUCAGCCUGCUGAAUGACCAAUCAGCUACCGCCAGCGCCACACAUCUUUGGACCUGGAUGCACUGUGUGCUGAGUCGGCAGAAGAAAAAGAGCAACUCAAAUCUUGAGACACUUUGGCUAGGAGGAGUCUAUACAAUUAAACUAGUAUAACUUAAGGUGGAACUGGUCUAGUCUACUGUGCCAGCACCUUUAGUCUUAGUAUCACCCCUUACACUCUGCUUCCAAACACCUACUGUAUAUCGCUGUCUUUACUGUAAAGAUAUGAAGAAGAGUACGAUUAAUGUAACUAUUGCAUACUGUGUAGAAUCCAUGCAAUGCAAUCUAGCUGGAGCUGGACUUAAAAAAUGAAAAUCAGGGACUUGAGGUCAAAUGACAAUGACAUUUUAAGCGUUCAAAGUGUUUUUGAGUGUCAUUUCUUUUCUGUAUAAGCUGUCGUAGCAAAAGAACACAUUGCUCUUCAUAUUGUUUCAAAUAGUAGUGAAAUAGUGUUUUAGACCGCUGGUCGAUCUUACAUCGAUGUGUAAAUAGUUGAUGAAAAAGUCAGAGGGAUAUUAUAUUCAUUGUAUCUACCCAAACCAAAGUUGAGCUCGAACACAAAGUCUGGUUGUGUCUGUAUCAACUAAAAAAGAAACAUAGAAGAAAAUGCCAUUUAUUUAACUGCCUUGAUUCAACGUUAGAAGCCAUAUAUUUGGUUUGUGUGUUUGUGUAUACGUGGGCGUAAGUUUGUGUGCGUGAGUUUGUUGGUUACCUUUUGGUUCUAUUUUCAGAGAAUGGACUCACACACUCUCUGCACUGCUUUGUCAAGCGUAAUCGGUUUGACAUGCUGACGUCUGCUCUGACCUGUUUUUCAUGAAACACCUCGGAGGCGGUCAGAUGUUCAGCCGGUGUUCUGAUUGUAACUCUGAAGGCAAAAGGUGGUUAAAUAAUCUGAGCUUUAUCGAAAGGAAACAUUUGUGAACAACCCAUACUGUAUACUUGCUUGUUUUUUGUCUAGGUUUAUUGAUUAACACACGCAAUAUGAUUCUGCAAUACUCUACCCCGCCUAUAUAUAAAUAUAUAUGAAUAUAAAUAUCUAUACAUAUGCUGUACAGGAAAGUGAACUUGUUUUUUUUUCUCCUUUUGUUUUAUUCUCAAUGUGAAACCUUAAAGAAUCCAGCAGCUAUUGUGGCUUCACUUGAGGUAUUGUAAUCCAGUGACCAUGUUGUUACCUUAACCAAAAAUGUUGGAGGGAAUGAGAGGCUGUGUCAUUUUCGUAGAAAACAGAAGCAAACAGGUUCAAAGUCACAGGAGGAACCAACGCUUUGAAUUCAGCAAGUCAGAUCCUCAAAAAUGUCACUUUAAAGCCCAUUCAAAUUGUAAACUGAGUGGGGGUUUGGGGAAGGGCGGCAUGGGGUAAAAAUGCCUCACUUUAAAAACUCUUUGCUCCAUAUCAAAGUCUCUGUGUGCUCAGAUCACCUCAAACCCCCCAUGAAUGUCUCAACAUUUCGAUCCUAUUGUUCAAAUUUUUAGAUAUGGUUGAGGCUGUGGUUCUAUUUGUUCAAAAUCAAUGAUCCUGCUGAACCUUAAAGCCUUCUCUUGCUGAAUGUAUGCCAUACGAGAAGGAAGACAGCUAAUCAGUUUAAACUGCCAUGUAAAUAAAGGGAUGGAGGUUUAAAGAGGCUUUUAUGAUGCAAGGGGGUUGUGGGCGUUGCUGUAUGUCUUGCUGAGUGUCUGCAAUCUUUUUAAGUUCUAUGAUGCUUCUCUGGGUUGAAAGUUGCUGUAUUUUACUUGUAUGCUACCCCACUCCUUUCCUUACACCACCCCUUACACAUGAGAGGAUACUUUUUUUCUAUUAUUUUUUUUUAAUUCUCGGCGUGAACAAGAUCAAGUUGUAACCGCUUUGAACUUUAAAGCGCGCACUGAGGACAUUCAAUUAAGCACCUUCUGUUGCACUUCGACCUUGUAAUCAAAAUGAAAAUCGAUGCUCUAUUCUGCUCAUACGGCUGUAGUACUUCUCCUGGAGCUGUUAUCUGGUUAAAAAGUAAGGACAAAAAGUGAAUCCAAUCGGGGUAGAAAAUAGGCAGCUGAUUCAAUGUGUUGAAUAAACACCGCGUGCAACUUUGUUGGCUCUGAGAAAUCAAUCCAGAGCCAAACUGUAAAAUCGAUGCGAUGGACAUUUCACUCAGGUUUGCUACCUUUCCAGAGAGAUGUAUUGAGUGCUGCAGCGUGGCUUGCCAUUGAUUUAUGUACACUUGUCCAUCCUCCCAUAAUCAACCUGUUGAUUUAACCAUGCUGAAAGACUCCCCUUGCAUUUUGAUUGGCUGAAAAAAAAAGGAGCAUCUUAGAUUGUUUAAGCAAAACUGGCUGACACUUGCUUUGAUCAAAGAGAUCUUUUCGAAACAAGGUAUAGGUGAUUGUUUUUAUCCAAGGGCUUCAUUAUAUGGCUUGUAAACCCUGGUUCAUUGUUUCUGUAGAGCUGCCACAUUUUCACUUACAUUUUUUUCCUGAUCAGUCACAUGCACUAAAUCUUGUUCUUUGUUUGUCACAAUUCUACAACCUGCUUCAUCAGCAUCACUUUGUAUUGUUUUUUUAUUUCCUAUGGGAAAGGUACAUGCCAAAAUGCCAAUGCGAUUGUGAAUGAACCGAGUCCAUUUGAGUCAAUAGCUGUUGUGUGCUUCGAUACUGUUUCAGUGCAAUCAAUUAGUCCUCUUCCCUGUUCCUUUGUGCUAAUACCAGAGUUUGCCCUAUUAAGCUGCUAACAGGACUGUGCUGAUAUUAUUUGAAUGAGUCCACAGUCAGUGAGAGCGAGAUGGACAGAGAGUUUAAGAGCUACCGGAACGUUUCAGGCAAUAUCAGGCACCGUCUCUAUUUCAUUGCAUCCAUCCAGUAAGAUAAAGUGUAACUCACUCCAACUCAAAGGAUUGCAUCCCAGACUUUGAUCAGUACCACUCUGUUCAAACCCUCCGCCAUGAACCUGAUACAGCGCUAACAUCACACACACUUCUGUAAGAUAUCCGUUUUGUGUCCGUAUCACAAGUGUGUUCUGGCUUCCAGCCGCUGUCGACGUGUGUGUGACACAGCGCUGUGUUCGCCCAAUGACAGGGGGUUCAAAGUGUGAUUGUUUAAUGGUUCUUCUUCUGGACCUUGCUGUGAAGUGGGAUUGAAAUCCCUCAUACUUGUUUGACACUGACUGACAAUUAUUGAGAGUUUCUACGUUUCAAACCUCUCGUUCUUUCUGUACCAGAUAUUAAAGGGUACUGGAUGCCUUGGUGUUGAUAUGUUAGCAAAUCAGGGUAUUAUUUUUGUUUGUAAAAGUGUCUUUGAUUUAUCAGUAUAUUUAGUUUGGUUCUUGUUUUUGCAAUGUGCCCCAUGCACAUGGACUGUAUAUACCUUGUGCCUAGUAUAUCUAGUUUCCACAUAGUCUAUUUUUGUGGUAUGUAUGUGCCUGUAAAAAUGCAAAUAUGUGUUUUUAUUUUCAACUUGCAAUAUAUGUAAAAAAAAAAAAAAAAAAUUAGAUGAUGACUAGUAUUUCUGAAUUAAAAUGACAAUGUCAGUAUAUAUAAUUUUCCCUGAUUUGGGAAACACAAAAUUGCACAUUUUUGUUGGUUUGAGCCUUCCAACACCAUGCGCGCUGUACUCUGUACUUUCAUGUUCUGUACAUAUGGUAUAAACAGAGAUGUGGGGCACAUUGUCGUGUUUGUCCACAACCUGCUGUAUUAAAAACAUUUUCUACAGUUAGAGGGUGAGCUCUGACAGGCUUCUGGUGGAUAUCGGCAGUCUAGACGUUAGCUUAGAUGACCUGCUUGCUACACAGAAACAAAAGUGACAAACAAAACGGUGGAGACGCCUGCACAAUAUAAAAACAAAAAAACACUCAACAUAUACUGUACAUGCUGAAAAAUCUUUCUAAAAAUAGUCUUGAUGCACAGGUCUUUAAGCACUGACGCUGGUUGCACACUAAUUUGGUGUUUGCCAUUUAAAAAAAAAAAAAAAAAAUCUCUCCAAGGCUGAACAAGCCUCAGCAGUCACGAUCUCAAACCAGAGUUGAGUUCCCUUGACAGCUCCAAGCAGAGUGCAUGCUUGUAUUUUUCUUCUCUAAGCAGAGUUCUGUGUACGAUUCUUAGUGGGACCUUCAGAUCUAGACACUGUCAAGAACCAACUACUGUACAAUGAUUUUAUUUAGUCUUACAGUUUAACCUUUGUGUCGUAGCUACUGUAGCCUGCUUAGCUUACCUAAGCCUUCUCUCUGCUUCAGGACUCUGUGUAUUGUGUGCUUGAGUUUGUUAGUGUGUGUUAGUGUGUGUGUACGUGUGUUCCUGUGCCUUUCCUUCUAUAAUGUUGGUCCCACUUGAGAAUACGACGCCAUUUAGGGGGUUUUAGACCCACAUGCAGCUGAGAGAGACGCCGGCACAAGCUGGAAAGUGUUACACAGUCACAAAUCCACUCGUUCGAAAAAAGAAACCCAACACUGUAAUGCUCCUAGAAACGACUUUAGUAGCAUUCCACAGCAUGCACGAGCAGCUCAGUGUGGCCAUCCAGACACACUUUACCAGCACCAUGUAGUCAACAGCACAGAUAUAUCUGACAAAGCGUGUGUCCUCUCUCCUUCUCUCUGGAGGCCAAUCUGCAACCAUCUCAGGCUGUGCUCCGCUUCUGCUCUUAACUAAAAGUAUUUCAGAACUCCAGCGCUGUCUAAGUUGAUGUCUACAGUCCAGGAACAAAUCAGCUCUGAGCCCAAGCCACAGCAUUUCCAAAUCGAUCUCAAAGGAUCACAAGAGGGAAGGGGUCGGGGGAUACUGAUGAUAUUACUGCCGUCCAGUCCUUUCAGACUGAGUUGCACAGCUGGCAGCAAGGGGGCCAGUGUGUUCUGAUUUGAUCCUGCGUCUAAAAGGCUGUCUUGUCCACCACCUCUGCUGGCCAAGUACACAGAGCCACACCCUGGUCUCUCUCAAUAAGCUGGUCUGUCAGUCAGUGGCAAUGUCGUUUAAGCGUUCGUAAAAAGACGAUACAUUGUUGUGCAAUAAAAAGAUGAGCGCAUUGGCAUACUUA